CACAUGUUGUCUGCACUGAUUGCCCCCUUCAAGUACAUGAGCCCAGCGGCCAAUAGCACAGAAGACGAGGACACAUUGAGCACCAGCAGUGCUGAAGUCAAGGAGAACCGUAACACGGGAAAUCUCGAAGAUUGUGCCAUUCUACCAUCAGACUGCCAAACACUCUUUCUGUCUGAUUCACCUAGAGAUGGGGCGUCUGGCCUCAAGCGAAAGCGUCCAUUGGAAGAGGAAAAUAACGGACACUUGUGCAAAUUACGACUGUGCUGCAAGAAACUCUCAUGGUCUGAUGCACCAAAGAACGCUCUGGUCCAGUUGAACGAGCUGAGACCGGGCCUGCAGUAUCGGAUGGUCUCGCAAACUGGACCGGUACAUGCACCACUCUUUUCCAUUGCUGUAGAGGUCAACGGAGUCACGUUUGAGGGUACCGGCCCUACAAAGAAGAAGGCUAAGAUGAAGGCAGCUGAGAUGGCCCUCAAAUCAUUCAUCCAGUUUCCCAAUGCCUCGCAAGCUCACUUGGCCAUGGGCAGCUUGAGCAACCCAGCCGACGAUUUCACCUCAGAUCAAGCCGAUUUCCCGGAUACACUAUUCAAAGGCUUUGAGCCUGACGGCUGCCGCUCUGCCGAGAGCGAGCUGCUUUCGAGCGCACUUCGACUACGCCACACUUUGGAUUUGAUGGUUGUACAGGCCAGACAAGGAGAUCCCUGCAUACCCCCACCUCCCGCUCCAGCUCUGCCACCCCAACCCAGCCCAGUUGUCCUACUCAACGACCUGCGGCCCGGUCUACGAUACGCCUGCCUGUCGGAAGGUGCCCAGGGCAAGCAGGCCCGCCACAGCUUUGUCAUGGCUUUGCGCGUGGAUGGACGGAUAUUCGAGGGCUCGGGUCGCAGCAAGAAGCAGGCAAAGAGGCAAGCGGCUUUGUCCGCCCUGCAGGCACUCUUCAACAUCAGGCUGGCACCUGAUGUGAGAGCGGGACACCGGCCCAGCAGGAUCAAGUGCCCUCAUUUGCCCCAGGAGUUUGCAGAUGCGAUAUUCCACCUGGUGCGAGAGAAAUACACAGAGCUGUCUGUCUGCUCCUCGCUGCUGCACGCGCGUCACAAAGGCCUGGCAGGCAUCGUCAUGACCAGAGGUCUGGAUCUGAGACAGGCUCAAGUGGUGGCGCUAUCGACUGGCACUAAAUGCAUUAAUGGAGAGUAUAUGAGUGACCAGGGUCUGGUGGUAAAUGACUGUCACGCAGAAAUCACGACCCGACGAGCCCUACUGCGGUUCCUGUACUCUCAGCUAGAGUUACACCUCAGCAAGAGGAAAGAGGACUGGGAACAAUCGAUCUUCGUACGGCACAAAGACUCCUGUUUGAGACUGAAAGAGAACGUCCUCUUCCACAUGUACAUCAGCACAUCGCCCUGCGGGGACGCCCGUGUGAACUCGCCCUAUGAAAUCACCUCUGAUUUGCACAGCAACAGACACUUGGUGAAAAAGUUUCACAGUCAUCUACGAACGAAGAUUGAAUCAGAGGAGGGAACGCUGCCCGUGAAGUCCACAGGUCCCAUCCAGACGUGGGAUGGGGUUCUUCAGGGAGAACGGCUCAUCACCAUGUCUUGCACUGACAAGAUUUCCAGGUGGAAUGUGCUCGGCCUCCAGGGGGCGCUCCUCAGUCACUUUGUGGAGCCAGUGUAUCUUUACAGUCUGACGGUGGGCAGCCUGAGACACACGGGUCACUUCUCCAGAAUGAUGAACCACAGGCAGGAAAGAGUCGGUCACCUGCCCACCUGCUACCGCCACAACCAGCCUUUACUCAGCGGUCUGAGCAGCAGUGACUGCAGGCAGCAGGGGAAGUCCGUGUGUUACAGUGUGAACUGGACUGCAGGCGACACCCAGUUGGAGGUGCUCAAUGCAUCUACUGGAAAAAGGAGGGACUCCAGGACUCCGUCCAGACUUUGCAAGCAUGCACUUUUUACACGGUGGAUCAGACUCUACCGCAAGCUGGUGGUCCGUGGCACGAGUCAAAGUGGUACGUCGCUAUUGUACUGUGAGGCAAAGCAGGCCGCCGGUACCUACCAGACUGUGAAGCUGCAGUGGCUGAAGGGUCUACAGGAAGCAGGUUUAGGGACCUGGGUCAGGAAACCUCCUGAGCAGGAAAACUUCACUGUGACUGUAUGAGUGUGGGUGCCUGACCUGGGCUAAUCAUCCCCACCAAAACCACAUUCAAUCUGCCAACCAGUUGCCACGGAAGCCCCUUACUCACCGCCAGGGUAUAGUUAACAUCUCACUGCCAAAAAAGCUCCACAGUGAGUCGAGAGUACCCAUUUGAUAAUGAGUGUCAUUUCUAGGUACACCUCGUUCCUCCAAACUCUUGUGAGAUUCACACUUGGGUUAGGAAGUAAGAUUAUAGGAUGUUCAGAGUUCAAUACAAGUUACACACAAUUGACAGCAUUGGUGGCGUAAUGUUAAUUACGAGUCAUCCCUCAGUUUAAAAAAAAAAACUGGAAGUAAACCAGACAAACAUUGCAGAGGGUUUAAAAGACUAAAUGUGAAAUUAGUAUUGGUGUUAAAGAACUUGCAUAAAUUGAGCUAUACACAUUUGUCUAAAUUGACAUUUUUGAACUAGGACUACUUUUCUAUUGGUUAUACAUUCCUGACAUAAUUCCAGUUGGUUACAUCACAAACCUGGAAUACUCUUUCAGGGUUAGGGUUAUGGCUUGGAUUAGGGUAGAUUAAGGUAGGAUUUUGUAAGGUAGGGUUGGGGUAUAGUAGGUGAUGGUUGGGUUGGGUUAGGGUAGAUUACGGUAGGAAUUUUUAAAGUUUGGUUUGUCUAGGUGUUGAGUUAGGUGAGGUUAGGUUAAAUUGGGG